GGCGGGAUGGGUCGUCGCCGCCGGCUUCGCUGAGACUCGCUCGCGUGGGCUGCUCCGGCGGGCCCGCAGUGGUCGCGGCGGCAUGAAAGGCGCUCUAGGGAGCCCCGUGGCUGCGGCCGCCGCAGGCGCUGCGAUGCAGGAGAGUUUCGGCUGCGUCGUGGCCAACCGCUUCCACCAGCUGCUAGACGACGAGUCGGACCCGUUCGACAUCCUACGCGAGGCCGAGCGCCGGCGCCAGCAGCAGCUGCAGCGCAAGAGGCGCGACGAGGCGGCGGCGGCGGCGGCCGGGGCCGGCAACCGCGGCGGCAGGAGCCCGGCCGGGGCCUCGGGCCACAGAGCCGGCGCGGGCGGCGGCCGCAGGGAGUCCCAGAAGGAGCGCAAGAGCCUCCCGGCCCCCGGCGCGCAGCAGCCCGACAGCACCGGGGCCGGCCCGCAGCCGCCCGGCCAGAAGCGAACUCCUAGAAGAGGGGAGCAGCAAGGAUGGAAUGACAGCCGGGGGUCAGAGGUGACGCUUGACAGAGCAGAGCGGAGAUCCUACAGAGAGUAUCGACCCUGUGAGACGGAGAGGCAGGAGGACUUUACAGCGGAGAAGUUUACAGAUGAAAAACCAAUUGACAGGUUUGAUCGAGACAGACCACUGAGAGGGCGUGGAGGUCCAAGAGGGGGCAUGCGAAGCAGAGGCAGAGGUGGUCCUGGGAACAGAGCUUUUGACGGUUUUGACCAGAGAGGGAGACGAGAAUUUGAAAGAUAUGGUGGGAAUGAUAAAAUAGCAAUCAGAACUGAAGACAACAUUGGUGGGUGUGGAGUUCGCACCUGGGGAUCAGGUAGAGAUACCAGUGACGUGGAGCCAGCUGUGCCCAUGGAAGAGGUCACCGUGGUGGAGUCCCUGGGCCCCCUGGAGGAGGAAGCUCCAGCCAAGCUUUGGAUCGUGUUUCCUGCGAUGUCACAGAAGUCUCACACGGUCAGUUCCUUCCUUUUCAGAGUUCCUGAGUUGGAGGUAGAAGAAGAAACUCAAGUUCAAGAGAUGACCCUAGAUGAGUGGAAAAAUCUUCAAGAACAAACCAGACCAAAGCCUGAGUUUAACAUCCGGAAACCUGAGUCCACUGUCCCUUCCAAAGCAGUGGUGAUACACAAGUCGAGAUACAGAGAUGAUAUGGUAAAGGAUGACUAUGAGGAUGAUGCCCACAUUUUCCGGAAAGCAGCCAAUGACAUCACAUCCCAGCUGGAGAUUAAUUUUGGUAACCUCCCUCGUCCCGGGCGUGGAGCCAGAGGUGGCCCACGGGGAGGCCGAGGAAGGAUCAGAAGGGCCGAGAACUAUGGUCCCAGAGCAGAAGUGGUGACACAAGACGUUGCUCCAAACCCAGAUGACCCUGAAGACUUUCCUGCUUUGGCUUGAGAGAGCCCUAUCUACCUGGCAACUUAAAACAGCACUGACGUACCAGUGAAGAGACUUUUCUUGCUGUGGGGAGAAAGGCAGACUCUAAGAACAAUAGAUAUUGCUUGUCCCCGUG